CCCCCACCGGAAAAGCCGUCAAUAACCGUCGCUGGCUUGCCGCUGCUCGCUGCUGUUGGAGCCUCGCUGGGGGAGAGAGCCCGUCGGAGAAGGCAGAACACACAAAUGACGAAAAACAAGUGAAGUUCAGGAGAGACACACACCUGGCCGCGCGGAGGUGAAACAACCCGGACAGCAUCUCUUCUCUCCCCUGGCUCUGCACUGAGGAAGGACGCCGCUCUCCAUUCAUCACAUCAAGUCACCCAGUGCCUCUCAUACGUCGUCAUUCCCCCCUCAGUGCAAAGACGAACCGUACACCAGCAGCGCAGAAGAGUCCGUUUGGUGCCGCCCCACUUCUGAUCAGUCCAAACUCUUCAUCUUCCAUCAGCACCGCCAUGGCCUCCAUCACCCAGUCGUCCGAGCCCGAGAUCCCAGACAACCACAAAGAGAGCUGGCUGGCGCUGCUCUCCGCCGCCGAGGCGUACUGCCAAAAGUCCGGCUGCGACCUGGCCAUACUCACGGCCUGCAAGAAGUUCCGCUCGUCGGCCGGAGACGCCGACGGGAGGAGGAAAAGGGAGAGCGGGAGUGCCUUCCCCAAGGAGUGCGACUUCUCCUACAACGUGUGGGGUCAGGGCUUUCUGGCCGAGUCGGCGCGCCGCUACAUGGACGACAUCGGCGUGCUGCACUCCACGACCAUGCUGACGGCCAAAAAACACACGCGCCAGCCGGGAGGGGAGGGUGGAACCAAGCUGGUGGUGGACCUGAGCUCGGAGCCCGGACACAGAGGGAGCUUCACAGGAGACGGCGGGGUGGGUGGAGUCAGUCCCAACAGCAGACUAUAUUCCCAAAGCUACCCGUCCAUCUACAGCUCGGGAGCCGGGACCGGGCAGGGCACCGGGCAGAACGGGAACGGGGAGAGGGAACGGGAGAAGGGCGAGGCCGAGCGGGGGAGACAGAGGUCUGGGAUUGUAGAUUUGGAAGAAGAGUGCGAGGACGAAGACGAGGAGGAGGAGGACUUGGACGAGAGGAGACCCUACGGGAAUGAAAGUGCUGGUGUCUUCUCCAUGGACGAGGACUCUCUGUCUCGAGACUGCGAGCCGUUCUUUGAGUCCGACGGGGAGGAGGAGAGCACUGACGGCUCCUUGAGCGAGGACGCUCCGCCGCCGCCGCGUGGCAUGGCUAUGGGCAGGGACGCCUACUCGUCCCGUCACGCCCACCCCAUGGCCCUGGCCCGCUCACUGCCUGUAUCUGUGCCUGUCUGGGGCUGCAGAGGAAACAGAUCCGCUCAAGGAGACAGCAACAGCGGAGAACGGGUGGGCUGCGCUGACCUGGAGCACAUCGCCGCCAGCAUGAAGGCCCUGCUGGCCCCCGGGGCCACCGACGGGACAGAGAUGUUCGGGGCCCUGCCUCGGCCCCGGCUCAACACAGGGGACUUCUCCCUCAAGCACUGAGAGCGAGAGAGGGAGGGAGGCGAGAGUAGAGAAGGAGAAAGGGAUGGAGAGGUAAAGGAAAGAGGAAGUUGUGACGACGGGGAGGAGAUGGGGAUAGUUUGGCAGAUGUGACGUGCAGUAUGUGAAACAGUGUAAAAGCUAGUACCUCCAUUUAUUUCUCACUAACCAAAAUUAACGGCACAUGCUUCGAGGACUGAAACAAAUGUUGUUAUGAACACUAAUAACAUUUCCAACACUAUUACACCCCCCCCCUCCCCUCUUUGUCACUACACAUUUCACAGUACUAGCUACCACAUGUCCCACGACACUACAUUAGGACCUCAAAAUGUGCGUGUAGUGACCAACAAGGACACUAAAACCGGCUGUGUCGUAGUCUAACUGGCACGUUAAUAGUCACGGGCCCUCAUGCGGCUUGAUAAGAUCAUCUGUGAAGCGAUGAGGACUGGAGGUGAACAGCCACCUGUACCCGGGUUGGUCGUCGGCUCUGGUGCUGCAGUGCGAACGAUCGAGUCAUAUCAGCAAUAUAACGUGUGUUAGCUCUAAAGCUGAACGCUGCGUCAUCUUAAAAGAUGAUGACUUCGGUUGCUUUUCUGAAAUAUGAGUUAAAAUUAGCUUCAAGCAAUAGUUUAAAAAUCUUUUUACGAGAGUUAAAUUAUAAAAACCGAUACCUCACUCGUGAUUGUAUGUGAACUUUGGAGCUAUACCUUGGAGAUGCUUAGUUUAGCAAAGACUGGAAGCAGAGGGAAACCACCUGAAACUACACCUACCAGCAUCUCUAAAGCUCAGCAGUUAACACAUGAUUUAAUUAUUCUUUAAUUGAUGCACAGACAAGAGUGCUAAGUCGUAGUUUUGCGGCAUGUUAGACCCUGUGACCUCCGGCUAUAUGCUGCGUUCAGUGUUCAAGAGAUCUGCCCUUGAUUCUGACUUCAGAUCAUUUAAAUCUCAUGAAUUAGCUGCUUUUGCAAAGAUACAUAAUUGGAACAGUUUAACUAAACUAAAUACAAACAGGGCACAUCUUAAAUAAGUUGAAUUGAUUUUGGACAUGAACUGUAAUUUAGUUUAAAUAAAUGAACGUAUGACGGUGCCUCAUGACCUCAUUUCACAGAACAAGAGCUGCUCCUUGGUGUUUGCCAAGAACAAACAACAUCUACGCCCCCUGAAAAUAAUUUUUACAUUUCUGUAUGCGCGCAGGUGAAUUAGUGAGUGUUGGUAGGGUGUAACUGCUUCCAGUCUUUACUGGAGGUGUCACAACUAAAAACAAGCUGAUCCUUGUCAGAAGAGUACAUUACACCAACAAGUACUCCAAAUUAAAAGCUCAUUUCGAUAUAUUUUCAAUAUAAAGCUGAUAUUGUGACGCCCCAAGCUAAGCGAACUGUCUCCUCGCUGUAACUUAUGGCCGUGCCGUCAUCGUCGUUUAGCAUGACGAACAAGAGCCAGUGACCUCCCGGGACCACGUGGAUGUUUUCUCUGCUUGUUCCUGUCGUUUGUCGGGUAAGAUGACCAACAGGCCAGUUGUUGUUGUUGUUGUUGCCCCACCCAAUAAAAAACACACACAAUCCUUAAAGGAGAAGAAACCAGAGAAAUGGUUGACUUAACAUGAAGCUUGUGGCUUUUCAAAAUGUGAGCAGAGGACACCAGCACCUCCUCAUAACAUGCCUAUUUGUACUUUUACUUUUGCCAAUGAAUGACUGACUGAUAGAAUGAUUGUAAAUCAAAAAUGAGUUAUCGGGGAUGGUGUUUUCUUUUUUUUUUUUGUUUGUUUGUUUGUUUUUCUUUUGGCUCCAGAUAUCUUGUUGAAACGAAUGAAUGAGUGUGAAACUGACUGUGUGUGAGAAAGAGA